CGCCCCCCGGGAAGGAAGAAGCGCCCCCCGAACGGCGCAGGGAGGAGGAGAGGCGAGAAGCAGCGCCUCUGCGGCGGCCGGGAGCGAGGCGAGCCGAUGCCCAGCUGCACCGCCGCGUCCACCAUGCCGGGCAUGCUCUGCAAGAACCCGGACCUCGAGUUCGACUCGCUGCAGCCCUGCUUCUACCCGGACGAGGAUGACUUCUACUUCGGCGGCCCGGACUGCAGCCCGCCGGGCGAGGACAUCUGGAAGAAGUUCGAGCUGCUGCCCACGCCCCCGCUGUCGCCCAGCCGCGCCUUCCCGGGGGAGCCCAGCCCCGAGCCCCCGGACUGGGCCACCGAGAUGCUGCUGCCCGAGGCCGACCUGUGGGGCGCCCCGGCCGAGGAGGAGGACGCGUUCGGCCUGGGCGGCCCGGGCGGCCUGGCCCCGCACGCGGUCAUCCUGCAGGACUGCAUGUGGAGCGGCUUCUCGGCGCGGGAGAAGCUGGAGCGCGCCGUGAGCGAGAAGCUGCAGCACGGCCGCCCGCCCGGCCCCGCCGCCCCGGGCCCGGGGGCAACCCCCGCCGCCCCCAGCGCCGGCCGCGGGCACAGCGCGGGGGCCGGCCGCGCCGGGGCCGCGCUACCCCCCGAGCUCGCCCACCCGGCCGCCGAGUGCGUGGACCCCGCCGUGGUGUUCCCGUUCCCGGUGACCAAGCCCGCGCCCGCCUCCCAGGCCGGGGCCGCUCCGGGGGCGGGGGGCGCGGCCCCGGCCGGCGCCCCGAUGGCCUCCCUGUCGCGCCCCGGAGCCCGGCCGGCCGGGGGCGGGGACCCCAAGGCGCUCAGCACCUCCGGAGAGGACACCCUGAGCGACUCCGAUGACGACGAUGACGAAGAAGACGAGGAAGAGGAGGAGAUCGACGUGGUGACGGUGGAGAAGCGGCGGUCCUCCGCCCACAACAGCAAGGCCGUCACCACCUUCACCAUCACCGUGCGCCCCAAGAGCGCGGCCCUGGGCCCGGGCAGGGCCCCCCCCCACCUCGCGGGGGACCUGAUCCUCAAGCGCUGCGUCCCCAUCCACCAGCAGCACAACUACGCCGCGCCCUCGCCCUACGUGGAGCCCGAGGAGGCGCCGCCCCAGAAGAAGAUCAGGAGCAGCAGCGAGGCGUCCCCGCGGCCCCUCAAGGGCGGCGGCGCCCUCCCCGCGAAGGCCAAGAGCCUGAGCCCCCGCAACUCCGACUCGGAGGACAGCGAGCGCCGCCGCAACCACAACAUCCUGGAGCGCCAGCGCCGCAACGACCUGCGCUCCAGCUUCCUCACGCUCAGGGACCACGUGCCGGAGCUGGCGAGGAACGACAAGGCGGCCAAGGUGGUCAUCCUGAAGAAGGCCACCGAGUUCGUGCACGCGCUGCAGGCCGAGGAGCACCAGCUGCUGCUGGAGAAGGAGAAGCUGCAGGCCCGGCAGCAGCAGCUGCUCCAGAAGCUCGAGCUGGCGCGGACUUGCUAAACGGUUCUUUCUCCAAAACGGGACAGUCACUGCCACUUUGCACAUUUUGAUUUUUUUUGUUGUUGUUUUUCGUUUUUUUGUUUUUUUUUUUACAUUGUUGACAUUAAGAAUGUUGGUUUACUUUCAAAUCGGUCUCCUCCCUCCCUGUCGAGUUUGGAUCUGGGUGGGGAGCAGGACAUGUGGGGAGGGGCGGGGGGGUUGGUUCUGCCAGGACCUCUGAGGGAUAGGGCCUGGGUGAUGAUGGGAUGCUGUGUGGCCCAUGAGGGUUCCUCGGAGUCACCUCCAAGACAGUCACUUCCAAGACAGCUGAGGGAGGGCGUGACAGGCGUGACCGUCGGGAGCCUCUGGGGCCGUGGAAGUCACCUUGUUCCGAGUUUCCAGACAUCAGAGAGUCAUUCCUUUUCAAAUGGUGCUUAUGUUCCAGCAGAUGCCAGGGGAGGAGGGGGUUACCAGUCCAGACCCCCCCCCCCCCUCCCCAGGAGAACACUUCUGUAAAUACCACUGCCACACCCGCCUUUUGUAUGCGCCCGGGUAAUGAGGUGGCUUUCGUGGCCAGUAUUAGACUGGAAGUUUCAUACCCAAGUACUGUAAUACCUCAAUGUUUGAGGAGCAUGUUUUGUAUACAAAUAUAUUGUUAAUCUCUGUUAUGUACUGUACUAAUUCUUACACUGCCUGUAUACUUUAGUAUGAUGCUGAUACAUAACUAAAUUUGAUACUUAUAUUUUCGUAUGAAAAUGAGUUGUGAAAGUUUUGAGUAGAUAUUACUUUAUCACUUUUUUGAACUAAGAAAACUUUUGUAAAGAAAUUUACUAUAUAUAUAUAUGCCUUUUUCCUAGCCUGUUUUUCUUCCUGUUAAUGUAUUUGUUGUUUGGUGCAUAGAACUGGGUAAAUACAAAGUUCUGUGUUUAUAAUUUCUUUUCAAAAUGUAUAUAUUUAGUGCUGCAUCUUAUAGCACUUUGAAAUACCUCAUGUUUAUGAAAAUAAAUAGCAAUUAAAUGA